AGCCUUCGGGAGGCACUUGGAACACUUUUUCAACCUUCUUCCCACAAUCCAAGGACUAGAAACCUACAUGAAGAUUGAGUUUCUCACCUAAUUAGAAGCACCACAUUUCAGCAGAUUCACAAUACAAUGAGAGUUGGUGACACUGCUAAAAGACACUUUCAAGAUGUCCAGAAAAAUCCAUGGAGGGGCUGUUGUGGAGAUGCAAGGAGAUGAAAUGACCCGGGUAAUUUGGGAACUAAUUAAAGAAAAGCUGGUUUUUCCUUAUGUGGAUCUGGACCUGCACAGCUAUGACUUAGGCAUGGAAAACCGUGAUGUGACUGAUGACAAGGUGACAGUAGAAGCAGCAGAAGCGAUAAAGAAGUACAAUGUCGGAAUCAAGUGUGCUACCAUCACUCCAGAUGAAAAGAGAGUGGAGGAGUUCAAGCUGAAGCAAAUGUGGAAGUCUCCAAAUGGGACAAUUCGAAACAUUCUGGGUGGCACAGUCUUCAGGGAAGCUAUUAUCUGCAAAAACAUCCCCCGGCUAGUAUCGGGAUGGGUGAAACCAAUCAUCAUUGGCCGUCAUGCUUAUGGGGACCAAUACAGAGCAACAGAUUUUGUUGUCCCUGGGCCUGGAAAAGUAGAGAUGACCUAUACACCAAAAGAUGGCAGUAAACCAGUGACCUACCUGAUCCAUAACUUUGAAGGCUGUGGUGGUGUAGCAAUGGGAAUGUAUAACCUUGAUCAGUCCAUCAGGGAUUUUGCACAUAGUUCCUUCCAGAUGGCAUUAUCUAAGGGCUGGCCCCUGUACAUGAGCACCAAGAACACUAUUCUGAAGAGAUAUGAUGGACGCUUUAAAGACAUCUUUCAAGAAAUCUAUGAAAAGGAAUACAGGUCCCAGUUUGAAGCCCUGAAGAUCUGGUAUGAGCAUAGACUCAUUGAUGACAUGGUGGCUCAAGCCCUGAAGUCCGAAGGUGGCUUUAUCUGGGCCUGUAAGAAUUAUGAUGGAGAUGUGCAGUCUGACUCUGUUGCACAAGGGUAUGGCUCUCUGGGGAUGAUGACCAGUGUACUGAUCUGCCCAGAUGGCAAGACCGUGGAAGCUGAAGCUGCUCAUGGCACAGUGACACGUCACUAUCGCAUGUAUCAGAAGGGUCAAGAAACUUCCACAAAUCCCAUUGCCUCCAUUUUUGCAUGGACUAGAGGACUAGCUCACCGAGCUAAACUGGAUAACAACACUGACCUCCAGAAUUUUGCCAAUGCCUUGGAAGAGGUCUGUGUAGAGACGAUAGAGGCUGGCUUCAUGACAAAGGACUUAGCUGCUUGCAUUAAAGGUUUGCCUAAUGUGAAGCGUUCUGACUACUUGAACACCUUUGAGUUCAUGGAGAAGCUUGCUGAAAACUUGAGUCUGAAACUAGCCUCGCAGCCCAAACUGUAAGGUCAGACAUCAAGGAAGACACUCCUGAGUAACUCGCCUCAGUUUGGUGACUGGCUUACACUGUGGUGUGUAACAUUUCACAGUACUGGGAGAAUCAACGAUGUCACCCUUUUUAAAUGAACCCUGUUUAAAAACUUAUCUUUUAACCUAUUAACUUCUGUGGUUGUAGGGGUCUAUUUUACCAGCCAUCUGAAUGUGGUAGGAUACCUACCAAUAUUCAGAGGACGCUAGGGCUUCCCCCUUCUUGAUUUAUCCCUCACUACUGCAUAAUUUUUCCCUUUUCUGCCUCACUUCAAAAUCCAAAAUCAGAAGAUGGUACGUGAGUGGUUAAACCUAGUGUACAAUAGACAUGUAAAAACUGGAACAGUCCUCUCCUUUCCAGCAACAUACACUGACUGUACCAGCCAUACACUAAACUCCAUUAUUUCAGUAGUCUGUCUUAUGAAUGCAUUACAUCAACUUCUACAUUCAUGGGAACCAGAGCGCCAUAGCUGGGUGGUGAAAGGUUAUUUGAAUCAGAGCUUUAGCAGAGAGAGAUCACUUACUGCUGGAAGCUUGUUUCAGUUCUCUAGUAGAAAAGGCUACUCAGCCACUGGUGUGGCAUGGGGGUGGAGAGGGAGCAGGCUGUAUCCUUCAUUAGACACCCUUCUUACUGUAUGUGAGGCCUGUGAAUUGUUAUCUCCUAACAGUGCCCCUGUUUCAAAGCUGCUUUCUUCAGGCAGCUGAAUGCUUCUUAUUCAGUCUCUUAGAACAUUAUGACACUUCAGUGUUCAGCAUUAAAGUUUAAUUGUGAGACACUAUUCCGGCCAUGGGUCUUUUUUUUUCCUUGAAGGAUAUUUUGGUUCGGACUAGAAUAAAACCAGAACUAACA